GGAGCCUGAUGCCGCGAACGCUCGACAGCCAGAUCACGGUGGAGAAGACCCCCAGCUACUUUGUCACGAAGGAGGCCCCCCGGCGGAUCUUCAACAUGUCCCGGGACACGAAGCUGAUCGUGGUGGUGAGGAACCCGGUCACCCGCGCCAUCUCGGACUACACGCAGACGCUCUCCAAGAAGCCCGAUAUCCCCACCUUCGAGGGGCUGUCCUUCCGCAACCGCAGCCUGGGGCUGGUGGACACCUCCUGGAAUGCCAUCCGCAUCGGGAUGUACGCCGUGCACCUGGAGAGCUGGCUCCAGUACUUCCCGCUCUCCCAGAUCCACUUUGUCAGCGGGGAGAAGCUGAUCACGGACCCAGCCGGGGAGAUGGGCAAAGUUCAGGACUUCCUGGGCAUCAAACGGGUUAUCACGGACAAGCACUUCUACUUCAACAAGACGAAAGGCUUUCCUUGCCUGAAAAAGUCAGAGAGCAGCGGCUUGCCUCGCUGCCUGGGCAAGUCCAAAGGCAGGACUCAUGUGCAGAUAGACCCCGAGGUGAUCGAGCAGCUUCGGGACUUUUAUAGACCUUAUAAUAUCAAAUUCUAUGAAACAGUCGGGCAGGACUUCAGGUGGGAAUAAGCGUCCGGGAGCAGAGCUGCGGUGACGUGAAGCUGCCGUCUUCCGUGAGAGGGCCCAGGACCCCUCGGCCAGCCCGUCCUGCCCAGCACCCACGAGAAGAGCAGGCG